CUCGAUUGCUAUGGCGUACCAGGAAGGGGAGACGCUUGAAUCCUGGCUCAAUAAAGCCACCCACCCAUCAAACAGACAAGAGGACUGGGAGUACAUCAUAGGCUUCUGUGACCAAAUCAACAAGGAGCUUGAAGGACCUCAGAUUGCAAUACCACUGCUUGUCCAUAAAAUCCACUCACCGCAAGAAUGGGAGGCUCUCCAGGCUCUUACAGUGAUGGAGGCCUGCAUGAAGAACUGCGGGCGGAGGUUUCACAAUGAAGUCGGGAAAUACAGAUUCCUAAAUGAACUGAUAAAAGUCGUAUCUCCAAAGUACAUGGGCGACAGUGCGCCUGAGAAGGUGAAGACAAAGAUCGUAGAGAUGCUAUACAGCUGGACUGUUGCUUUCCCUAAUGAGCCCAAGAUCAACGAAGCCUACCAGACCCUGAGAAAACAAGGGCUGGUGACAUGUGACCCCGAGUUACCUCUGGACCGGACGUUGAUACCCUCUCCUCCCACACGGCCCAAGCACCCAGUAUUUGACAACGAGGACAUGGGGAAGCUCCUGGCUGAGCUUCUACGCAGCAAAAAUCCAGAAGACCUGCAGGAGGCCAACAGGCUGAUUAAAAACAUGGUGAAAGAGGAUGAGGUGCGGGUGCAGAAGGUCACAAAGCGUGUGAGCACACUGGAGGAGGUGAACAUCAACGUCAAGCUGCUCUCCGAGAUGCUCUCCCAUUACCAUAAAGACCGCUCGUCUGAGUCCGACAAGGAGAUUAUUAAGGAACUGUACGAGCGCUGCGACAAGUUGAGGCGGGCCGCUUUUAAAAUGGCCACCGAGGCCGAGGACAAUGACACCAGCUUAGGUGACAUCCUGCAGGCGAGCGACGACCUCUCCAGGGUCAUCAACUCCUACAAGAGGGUCGUGGAGGGGCUGCCCAUCAACGGCGACAGCGAGGAGGCACGCGGCAGCCACGCCCACAGCGAGACCACCGACACCCUGAUCGACCUGGCGGAUCCAGACACUCCCAGCCCUCCCCGGCCCGCCGCCGCCCCUCCUCCCCCGAUGAGCGCCAUUCCCCUCGCCGACCAUCUGUCGGAUCCCUCCUUCCCCUCCCUGCCGCCUCCCCCCAAGCAAAGCUCGCUGGGCGGCAGCCCGAGUCACCCGCCGCCGGAGACCACCUCCUCCAAGGCGCUCUUGCUUCUUGAUAACGAGCUGCUGUCUCUGGGACUCUGUGACGGGCCUCCCUCCUCUCUGAGCAGCCAUUCCAAACCCAAGCUCGGCGAAGCGUCUCAUCAGUGGAGCUCAUUGCAGGCCCCAGCGUUCGGGGGUGCAGCCUUGCCUGUGGCGGAAUCAGCCGCCACAUCACUCCAGGACUUCCAAGACCUGGCCAUGAUGGGAUUCGCAGACCACAAGAGUUUUUCCAGUCCGAUGAUGAUGAGCAACAGUUACGGGAUGUCGGCAGUAGCUCCUCCUCCUAUGGCCGCACAGAGCUCCGCCUCCUCCACCUCGCUCCUCCAGGGCGUGAUGCCCGCUUCUCCCGCACUAACCCAGACCAUGGCCUCCGCCCCGGGCAGCCCGCUCUUCCGCUCCCUUUCCCCGUCGCUCCUCAUGGGGAGCCCGGCCAGAGCGGCAGAAAUCUCCCUGAGCAGCGUGCACGUCCCCCUGGAGGCCAUCAGACCCAGUCAAGUGUCGCCAGUCACCGCCUACGAUAAAGACGGCGUGCGGGUUCUGCUCAACUUUGCGUCGGACUCUCCCCCCGGCAGACCUGACGUCUUGGUGAUGGUGGUGUCCAUGCUCAACACGGCGCCCCUCGCUGUUCAUGGUGUAGUACUGCAAGCCGCCGUGCCCAAGUCAAUGAAGGUGAAGCUGCAGCCUCCAUCAGGAACAGAACUGGCCCCGUUUAACCCCAUCCUGCCCCCGGCCUCCAUCACACAGAUCAUGUUAUUGGCCAAUCCAACAAAGGAGAAGGUGCGCCUGCGCUACAAGCUGGCUUUCACGCUGGGAGAUCGACCGUGUAACGAGGGCGGAGAGGUGGACCAGUUCCCCCCGGCGGAGGCGUGGGGUCACCUAUAGCGGCCAACCAGGACACUCCCAAUUCCAGUCCAUCCAAAGUGAGUUAGACCAAUCAUCCCAUAUAUACAGAAUAUGGAGAUGUUGUAUUCACGCGGUUAUAAAAAAACAGUUUUGUCUUAUCGUUAUAUUAUUGAAGGUUAUUUAAAUAUUUGUAACUAUUUAUAGAGAGCUUAUAUGCUUUUGUAAGUAGCCAACAAAAUAAACACUGGAAAUGAGAACAUGUACUG